UCAGUCUGAGUCUGGCGGUUACAAGCUAAGACAUGUUUUCCCGUCUUCACAAGCGUUUUGGGAGGGGGAACGUCGAUUGUGGAGAGACUAGAGUGAAGGAGUCUGGCCUUUCGUCUCAAAGUAAUGAUGGACAAAGACAGCACUUCUGGGGAAUGUGUAACGCUGGGAGAGAAACAUCAUCCCAUGGAAGUGACCUAAGCAAGAAUCAGGCCAAGAAGGAAAAGGAGAGGCUGAUUAAAGAGCUGCAGGUCAUUACCGAGGAGAGAAAUGACCUGAGAGAUCGCCUGAGGUUUCUGACAGAGAGAUCCAUGAAGAACAGACCACACUUCAGGCCAAAUCCAUAUUAUGAAGACCUGGAGAGAAUGGAGGAGGCGGUCAUGUCAAUUCUGCACAACUUAGAGAUGGAGAACACUGAGGUCCAUGAGAACAGCCAUAAGCUGAAGAAGGAGAUUAUCUUCUCUAGAAACCUGCUCAGCCAGCUCCUGAUGGAGAACACAUGUAGGAAGAAGUUGGUCCCACUGAAGCAGGAGAGCAAGGAGGUAUAUCUUGAUUGUGCACUGAACCAGAAAUAUUUGGUUGGCUUCAACAAGAAAGAUAAAGACCAGCAACGUCCAGACCAGCAUCAUCUGGUCUCAGAAAGUGCAAGAGAGCUGGAAUUGGACACACACCAGUAAGAGAGCUUCCUGAAGAAUAAGUUGCAUUCUCAGGAGUCCCUGAUGACAAACAUCCUGAAUGAAAACAGCACCUGAGAGACAACUUGGGGGACUGCCUUUCAUUAUGUGUGCAAGAGGAGAAACAGCAAUACAUCUGUGCUUCUAAAUGUUCAUUAAGAAUGUGCUGUUUAGGGGCUGGGGAUUUAGCUCAGUGGUAGAGCACUUACCUAGGAAGCACAAGGCACUGUGUUCGGUCCCCAGCUACGAAAAAAAGAACCAAAAAAAAAAAAAAGAAUGUGCUGUUUAGAAAUAUGUUUUUUAUGAUUUUAAUUGAAAUUUUCUUUUUGUUGUUUCAUAUUUAUAUGUCCUUGUUACUGUUUUUAUCUUUUCAA